AUGUACUUGACAGGGCAGCAUGAUAUCGUCCCAGAAUCAUUCUUAGUAUCAAGGGUGACCCACGUUGCACUGGCUUUCAUGAGAUCCGAAGUAUUCAACGUCCCAAAUCAGGAAGAAUGGCCAUUGUUCACAACAGUUGCUGAGGUCCGUACGAAAUUCAAGAGUGGGACAAAGAUCCAAGUAGCGAUUGGGGGUUGGGGAAACACCGACGGCUUCUCAGAAGCAGCAAAGACAGAGCAAAGUCGCAGACUCUUCGCUGAGAACAUCAGAGCCAUGAUUGAAACCACUGGUGCUGAUGGAGUUGACAUCGACUGGGAAUAUCCCGGAGGCAACGGCGAAGACUAUAAACAACAUCCAAAUUCAGAGAAGGCUUGGGAGAUUGAGGCUUAUCCCAAACUCCUUGCCGAGAUCAGAGCGGCGAUUGGGCCACAUAAGCUCAUUACAGCAGCAGUGCCGGGCUUGCCCAGGGACAUGAUAGCUUUUACGGAGACGACACUACCAAAGAUAUACGAGUCGAUCGAUUUCCUAAACGUCAUGUCGUAUGAUCUUAUGAACCGACGAGACGGCUUCACCAAACACCACAGCGGGCUAGAUGGCACAAUUCAAGCCCUGCACGGUUACACAAAUCCAGCCGUCCACACCAAAAACUUGAAUAUUGGGCUUGGCUUCUAUAUCAAGUGGUACAGAACUGCAAGCAAUGAAACGUGCGAUCUUGUACCGGCUAUCGGAUGUCGGACUGAGCUGAUGGAAGAUCCAAUAACGGGCGCUGAUCUGGGCAAAGCGGGAGCGUUCUCGUGGCACGAUGAAGUACCUACCGAAUUGGCAGAUUCAUUUGCAAAAGCCUUGAAGAAUGGAGUGGACGACAUGACCGGGGGGCUGUUCAGAGGGCACUACUACAUGGAUAAGCAAGAAAAUAUUUUCUGGUCGUGGGAUACACCAGAUAGUAUCGGGAAGAAGCUUGACACGCUAUUCGACCACGUCAACGGCCAUGAAGGAUACAAGGACCUCAAAGAUAUUGGCGGCGUGUUUGCAUGGGGGCUGGGAGAGGAUGCACCGCACUUUGAGCAUCUAAAGGCUGCGAAUGAGGCACUGAACAGUAUCGGAGCCAAAGAUUCGGCUAUCAAUCCGUUGCUGAAUUGUGAGCCGGUGUUGCUGCAAAAGAACUCCGUGAAGUACAUACGGAGUUGA